AUGAAUAGCCCCGGUGAAGGAGGUGGUGGCGGUAGCGGGGGCAGCGGCGGAGGCCCCCGGCAGCUGAACAGUCCCCGGCGAGGGAAUAGCCCGGGCAGCAGCAGCAGUGGAGGCGCCGAGGGUGGUGGUGGUGGCAGCAGUAGCGGCAGCAGUGGCUCCCAGCGUGGACGAGCCAGGCAGCGGCCCCCCACUGUGCUGGCCAGCGGCCCUCGAGUAGGGCCACGCCCCCGAGCUUCGGCAGGUUCUCGGGCCGGGGUUCGCCCUAGGGAGGCAGCGGGCGCUACAGCGACUCGUCCUCGGCCAGCCCCUCGCCCUCGGCCCCCUGUGGUGACAGAAGCAGUUCCUCAGCAGACACCUCCUCGGGCAGCAGAGAUUCCUCUUCCAGUUUCUUCCCAGGGGGCCAGUUUGCCAGCGACCAACUCACAGACCAGCAUGGACGUAAAAGACGACUUCUGGGCCCAGGCACGCCGCCGCCGAAAGAAGGUGAGAACACCAGCUCCCUCGGCACCGGCCCCUCCACCACCAGCCCCACCCGCUCCAGCACUGGCACAGGCACAGGCACCGGCACCAGCGCCGGCACCGCCAGUACAAAGCCCGGCACCAGCCCCACCAGUACAGCCACAGGUGGCCCCAAAACCUGAACGGUCACCUACAGUGUCAGUUAUCCGGUCAGCCACUGUGUCAGUUAUUCGGUCAACUAAACAGACUCCUGCGAACACAGCCACAGCGCCGGCACCAGCACCAGCACCAACACCAGCACCAGCACCAAGGCCCCAGCCUAGGGAGCCUGAACCUGAGGCCACCAGGAGCCGCAGUGUGGUGCCCUGGCGCAGCAAAGCCGAGUGGGACCAGGUGAUGGUCUACCUCUUCUGCUCUGACCCGAAGCUUCAACAGUAUGCUCUGGACCGAGUGACAGCCUGGAAGAGCCGCUGCGGCAACAACCUUCCCCUGGCUGUGGCCUGCACAGCAGACCUGGUAAGAUGCAAAGUCAUGGAAGCCAACAACACUGUGGGCUCCCAAGAACUGGUCUUUCUCUAUGGCAUGGCCCUGGUCCGGUUUGUGAAUCUCAUAACCGAGCCCAAACAGAAGCUCAUCAAUAUCCCCUUGAGACGCCUGGCACAUGACAUGGACAUACCAGAAUGGAUCGUGAACCUUCGCCAUGACUUCACACACAGGAAACUUCCCAGGCUGAAUACUUGUCGAAGAGGCUGUGACUUUGUCUUGGACUGGCUUCGGCGAACCUAUUGGUGCCGCCAAUUAGGGAAUGAUCUCUCUGAGCCCUGGGACUCAGAAAUGGAUUUCCAGGAAACGGAGACGGAUGGGGAAGAACGGGCAGUUGCAGAGCCUCACGUGGAGGACCAUCUCUCUAAAGAGGCCAGGAGAGAAAGAGAACUUUAUGAGAAGAUACGGAGGGUGCUAGUAUCCUAUGAAGAAGAGCAAUUUAGAGUGCUCCGAGAGGUGAGACAGCUGCCCAAGGCCAUCAAGGCUUGGGGAAACUCAUCCACCGAGGUGGAGUGGAUGGUAUCAAAAAUGAAGAAGCUGACCCAGGACCAUGGGCCUGUCGUGGUGGACAUCCUGCUCAGUGAUGGCUUCCUCAUUCCCACAGCAGAGCAGCUGGAGGCUUUGCAGAUUCAGCAAGCAAGAACAGUGAAUCUGAACAACCUUACAUUGCCCCGGUCCUUUUCCCACUUCUGGCAGCCUCUUUUGAAGGGCUUAGAAUCCCAGCCCUUCACACAAGCUAUCUUGGAGAAGAUGCUGUCAUUGCUUCCAGAAUUUGGGGACACAGGGAUCCGGCCAGCCUACCUCAUCAGUUGGAUAAAUGAACUGCUAAUGGUCUAUGGUCCCUGUGUAGACCACUUCACUUCUAGCCAGCGUGCCAUCAGAAAAACGUGGAAGGUUGUGUGUCACAACUUCUCCUUGGAUUGGUCCCAAGUGCUCGAUGUCUGCCUGGAUUGUGCCUGCUGGGCUACUCUCCCCAUCCUCCAACUGCUCCUCAAAACUAUGGAGCCAGCCUUCCCCCUGGAAACCCAGGAGAACCUUAUGUGUCUCUGUACCAUCUACACCCAGGGCGGCAACCCCAAUACCAACCCCAGGUCCAGGGAUGGCUCUUUGCCUAUGAGGAGGCCUGUCUACACUUUGGAAGAUCUGCAGUGGCAAGUGAGGCAGACUAUGCUGGCUGACCGGAGAAGCAGUUGCAAACCAGGGGAAGAGGAGGAGAUAGAGACUGAAUUGGAAGAGCUUUAUGCCAAGACAGACUUUGACCCGAAAUCUGUACGGAAGUUCCGCAUGAGGGAGAGACCUGAGGUUCUAGCUGAAAAGCAGGCUGCAUUGAAGGGCUCUGCUUGGCAGCUUUGCACAGAUGAUGUAGACUGGAGUAAAUAUCCACUGGGCAGGGUUCCAGGCCAGACAGAUGACCCCAAUGAACUCAUGCUCGACAGCUACACUAUGAUGUCUGUUGUGGACCAACCUACAGUCCAAGAGAAUGACAGUCUUAACUCUGGAGCAACCCACAACACAGAUGGCUUACUGUGGACCCAGAGUGAACUACAUCGCAUUAAAAACAACAUCAAGUUCUUCUAACUUUGGGGUGGGAAGGGUAUUGUUCUCCUUUGUGUAAACACUCCCCCUCCCUUCUUCCCUUCUUCCCUUAAACAUUGGAAACAAAGGUACCCCCUCAGUGGCUUUUGGUAUAGCAUCACGAUGCUAUCUAGUAUUCCUGAGCCCUUUCCCACACCUUACCUAGCCUGAGGUCUCCCUUUAGACCCCAGGCAGCAGCCAAAACCUCCACUAGUUUAUCCUAGUGACCCCUUACUCCAGAGCAAGUGUUAUUCUGGCUCUGGUUGUUAACACUGAACCAUGACUAGUGCCAACCACUUGGAUAAAAAAAUUUAACCUUUGAUCCAGAGAAAAAAACAAAUGAAAAAAGCUUGAAGUCAUAUGAGUGGCAAUGACUGAAAGAUGAAACAAAUUUUAACUGUCUUAUUUAAAACAAAUUUGUCACUCAAAAAAAUUUCCACUCCUUUGGAGCCACCAUUCUUUUGUUGACAACCCUUCAUACUUGGCUCCCUUCCUUUUUCCAUCUUUUAAUUACUUUUUAGUAGCCUUGGCAUAAUGCCACCUUCAUAAUUUCCACCUUUUGUCAACAUUUUAAAAAUAUCAUUCUGCCCAAAUUCUUAUUGCUGUCAAUUGCUGACCUCUGGGCAAUUAGGGAAGAAUUCUCCCAACUUUCUCCAUUUCCUUUUUUAAAAAUUUUGUUUUAAAUUCAUUUUUAUUUUCAGUUCUGAAUUCUCUCCAUCACC